ACAUUUGUGCGUAACUUAAACUCAUGAACCAACAUUGGUUGUGUUAUGAUGUCAUUACAGCACAUCUUGCUCUACAUUUCAUAAGGGUGGCACCACUCAUGAGGGCAGUUAUCACCGCGCGCGUCUCCGCUGCGACGCUCUACUGAUCGAUCGAGUCAUGGCUAUGGGCUUGACAAUCAUACAGCACAGCGAUAUGAAGAAACUAUUAUUGCUCUUUUCCUUCGCAUUAUUUUUGGACCGUGUGUACAGCGAGACGGAAAAAGUGUCUGUGAAGGAGGGAGAUUCUCUCACUCUACACACUGAUGUCACUGAAAUACAGACAAUAUUUUUCUUGAUGUGGAUGUACGAAUCUCAAAUCAAUAUUAUCGCUAAAAUCGAUGGUAAAACUCAAACAGUCUCAUUAUAUGAUGUUGAUGAUCUGAGGUUUGAAGACAGACUGCAGCUGGACAAUAAGACUGGAUCUCUGGUCAUCAGUGACAUCAGAACCAAACACUCUGGAGAUUAUCAUCUAAAGAUCAUCAGCAACGAGACUUUCCUCAAGACAUUCAGUGUUACUGUCCAUGAUGUGAUUUUUGCCGGGUUAGAAAACAAGAAAGAAGGAGAUUCUGUUACUCUACACACUGGUGUUACUGAUUCACAGAAACGGGAUCUAAUACAAUGGACAUUUGGACCUACAAAUCCAGACAGUCUUAUAGCUGAAUUGAACCUUAAGAUUCGUAAGAUCACACUGAAUUCAGAUGAUAUAUUCAGACGGAGACUACAUCUGGAAAAUAAGACAGGAUCUCUCACCAUCAGAGACAUCAGAACCUCAGACGCUGGAGUUUAUGAAUUACAGAUCUCCAACAGUAAAGAAACACUAUACAAGAGAUUCAAUGUUUUUGUUGCUGUUCCAGAUCCGGGUCUGUCCACUGGUUAUAUUGUGCUGAUUUGUCUUUGUGUCCUUCUGCUGGUGGCUGCACCUUUGGGUGUCAUGUGCAACAUGUUUAAAUACUCUAAAAAACAGAAAGAAAAGAAGAACGUGUCCGUGAAGGAGGGAAAUUCUGUCACGCUAAAAUCCGGUGCAGUCGAGAUCCAGAGAGACGAUGAAGUGCUCUGGAUGUUUGGACCUCAAGAAAUGGUUAUUGCACGAAUCGACAAAAAUGGCAGUAACAUCUCAUACACAGAUGAUGAGGAAUUCAGAGACAAGCUACAGCUGGACCAUCAGACUGGAGAUCUGACCAUCAGCGACAUCAGGAUCCCAAUCUCUGGAGAUUAUCAGAUGAAGAUCACCGGCAGUAAAGCGACAAAACUGAAGAGAUUCAGAGUUAUUGUACGAGAGGACACACUGAAAUCCACAGAAGGAGAAUCUGUCCGUCUGCAGACCGGUGUUACUGAAAUACAGAAAGAUGAUCUGAUACUUUGGAAGUUUGAACCUAGAAAUGCACUUAUCGCCAAAAUCGAUGGACAGACCAAUGAGAGCAUUGUUUACAAUGAUGAUGAUGGAUUUAGAGACAGAUUGGAGCUGGACGAUCGAACUGGAGAUCUCACCAUCAUGAACACUAAAAGCACUGACUCUGGAGUUUACGAACUGCAGAUCAAAAAGGGCAGAAAUAAAGACUUAUACAAGAAGUUCAACGUUCUUGUUUGGUUGAACACACUGAAAUAUACAGUUGGAGAUUCUGUCACUCUACAAACUGGUGUUACUGCACUGAACAAAGAUGACCGGAUACUGUGGAAGUUUAGUGAUGAAGACAUUUUCAUAGCUGAAAUCAACCGAGCCACCAAUCAGACCAAAUUAUACAAAGGUCCUGAUGGCAGAUUCAGAGACCGACUGCAGUUAAACCAGAGAACUGGAGAUUUGACCAUCAGGAACAUCAGCAGAGCUCAUUCAGACGUUUAUACACUUCAAAUCACCAGCGGCAAAAAGAGCACAUGCAAGAGAUUCAUGGUUAUUGCUCAUGAGAAGACUGAGUCUGGGAUGGAGGGAGAAUCAGUCAGGCUAGACAACGAUAUUGAAAUACAAAAAGAUGAUCUGGUGCUGUGGAUGUUUGGACCUGAAGACAGUCUCAUCGCUAGAGGAGAAAUAAAUAAAGCACUUUUCGGUACAAGUUUCAAUACAAGCUUCUCCACUGAAGAGAAAUUCAGAAACCGACUGAACCUGGAUCAGUCUGGAUCUCUGACCAUCACGAACAGCUCAACUGAACACUCUGGAGUUUAUAAACUAUUGAUCAUCAGCAGCCGAGAGACCAAAUACAAGAGAUUCAAAGUUACAAUCCGUGGGAGUGAAAGAAGUCCAGAUGAGGGGCCUGAGCAGGAGGGGACCCUAUUAAUGCAAAUAACAACAGCAUAACAGUAAUAGAAAAUAUGAAUUUAGAUAGUAUUGCACAUUUUUAUAUGAUAUUACAUACCCAGUGAGAGUGAUUGUUUUCUUAACUAUUUAACUUUGGUGGUCAGUAUUUGGUUCAACUUGUUUCAACAAAUUUACUUUACUACAUCAGUUUGUACAUAACUUUACACUGUUGUAUAUGGAGGUACUGUGUUGUUAUUUGUUACUGUGUGUCCUUUAUAAGAGAACAUGUUAUGUACCCAAUGGUAUGUAAGCAUGCUUUUGUAUAUGUUACUGUAUGUGUGUGUUUGUUUGCAUGUUCUGUUUGUUUCAGAAGCGAAGCUCAUUGGAAGAUCUGCCUGUCACUCUGUUGACAUAGGAUGCUGAUGUCUGUGAUUGCUCCGUUGUGCAGUUUAAAAGAGACUAACUUUAAUGGCGAAGAAGCUGGGGCUGGGCAAUGACGCGGCUCUGUGAAGACGGUUCUUUCUAUUGCGAGAAUACCAGUCUGAGUGUGUUUUUGUUUGAGUUAAGGUUCAGUUUUCUUUGCUGUAGUUUCAGGGGUUUUCGCUGGUUUUUGACUGACCUUGAUGUGCGUGUGGACCUGUUUGAUGUCUGAUCAUCUGUUGUGAAACUUUAGUCUCUGAUGAGAGUUGUGCAAACUGUAUUGGAGAGGUUGUGAGUAAGGUAAGCAUGUCUCGACAUACAUUCACAUCAUGUAGGUUCCUUUUACUCAAUAAGACACACUAGAUUAGAGAGAGAGGUACAUUUAGAAUGUUUUUGUUUGAUUAGUUAGAGAAGGGUUAGUCAUGGCAUCUUUUACGCUGAAGAUGUUUGUUUCUACAUUUUCUGUUGAUAGAUAGUUUAGUUUGGUUAACUUUAGUUA